AGCGCCUCGUCUGCGUGCUAGAAGCUCGGGUGUGAUUUCGGGAUCCGCUCCCAAUGCAGCUUGGGCUGGCCGAGCUCCAGCGUGGGCGGGCCUAGGAGACAGCCGCGCUUUCGUUUUCCCUUUCUCAUAAACGGCUCACUUCCAGCCAACGCCGCCUGGCUGAGCCGGUUCCCGGGGCUUUCCCGAGUCCCGCCCCCGCCCGCCCCGCGGGACGCAGACAGGACAGCGCCGGGAGGCUGCGGACCGCGGACAGUCCCAGCCCGGGCUGACCCCGCCUGCGUCCGCAGACAUGGCCGGCUCGGGGUGCCCGGCUCCCGCCGGGGGCGCCCGCCUGUCCCCGUCCCGCGCUCGGCCGGCUUGGAGCGGGGCGCCGCCGCCGCUGCUGCUGCUGCUGCUGCUGCUCGCCGACUGGCUGCUGCUCCGGCCCGCGCUGCCCCGCGUGUCUGCGCUGCUGGUGCCGGGCGCGCGGCCGCUGCUCCGCGUCUGGGCGGCCGGCCUGGGCCGCUGGGCUGCGCUGUGGCUGGGCGCCCGCGCCGUGCUCUGGGAGGCCGGCGGCUCGCAGCGCCCCGACGGGGCGGCCCGGGGCUGGCUGGCCGCUCUGCAGCCGCUGGCGGCCGCGCUGGGCUUGGCGCAGCCGGCACUCGCUCUGCUCCGGGCGCUGGGCUCGUGGGGCGCCGCGCAGGACUCCGCGGGCAGCAGGCUCCUGCACUGGGGGAGCCGCCCCGACGCCUUCGCCCUCAGCUACGCGGUUGCCCUGCCCGCGGCCGCCCUGUGGCAUAAGCUCGGGAGCCUUGGGGUGCCCAGGAGCUCUGGCGUCGCCAUCCGCCGGCUUCUGGGCUGCCUGGGCUCGGAGAUCCGCCGUUUCCCCCUCGUCCUGUUCCUGUUGGUUCUCUCCUGUCUCGGGGAGACGGCCAUUCCGUUCUUCACUGGUCGCCUUACUGACUGGAUUCUAGAAGAUGCACCAGGCACUGCCUUCACCUGGAACAUAACCCUCAUGUCUGUUCUCACCAUAGCCAGCGCAGUGCUGGAAUUCGUGGGUGAUGGAAUCUAUAACAGCACCAUGGGCCGUGUGCACAGCCAUUUGCAGGGAGAGGUGUUUCGAGCUGUCCUGCGCCAGGAAACAGAGUUUUUCCAACAAAACCAAGCAGGUGCCAUAACAUCAAGGGUAACAGAAGACACCUCCACCGUGAGCGAGUCUCUGAGUGAGAAGCUGAGUCUGUUGCUGUGGUACCUGGUGCGGGGGCUGUGUUUCUUGGGGCUCAUGCUCUGGGGAUCACUGUCCCUUACCAUAGUCACCCUGGUUGCACUGCCUGCACUCUUUGUUCUACCCAAGAAGCUGGGAAAAUUUCAUCAGUCUCUUGCAGUAGAGGUACAAAAAUCUCUGGCAGAGGCCAGCCAGGUGGCCAUUGAAGCUCUGUCGGCUAUGCCUACAGUUCGAAGCUUUGCCAAUGAAGAGGGUGAGGCCCAGAAGUUUAGACAGAAGCUUCAGCAAAUGAAGACACUCAGCCGGAAUGAGGCCCUGGCCUAUGCUGUCAAUCAAUGGACCACCACUAUGUCAGGGAUGCUGCUGAAGGUGGGAAUCCUAUACACUGGUGGGAAGCUGGUGACCAGUGGGGCUGUAAGCAGUGGGAACCUUGUCUCAUUUGUUCUCUACCAGAUCCAGUUCACCACAGCUGUUGAGGUACUGCUCUCCACCUACUUUAAUGUACAGAAGGCUGUGGGCUCCUCAGAGGAAAUAUUUGAAUACCUAUACCGGACCCCUCGGUGCCCAGCCAGUGGCGUACUGACUCCCUUAAACUUGGAGGGCCAUGUUCAAUUCCAAGAUGUCUCCUUUGCCUACCCAAAUCGUCCAGAUAUUCCAGUGCUACAGGGGCUGACAUUCACCCUACGACCUGGUGAGGUGACGGCCCUGGUGGGGCCCAAUGGGUCUGGGAAGAGCACAGUGGCUGCCCUGCUGCAGAAUCUGUACCAGCCCACAUCAGGGAAGCUGCUGCUGGAUGGGGAGCCCCUCCCCCAGUAUGAGCACCGAUACCUGCACACACAGGUGGCUGCAGUGGGACAAGAGCCACAGCUUUUUGGAAGAAGUUUGCAAGAAAAUAUUGCUUAUGGUCUGACCCAGGAGCCAACUAUGGAGGAAAUUACGGCUGCAGCGAUGGAAUCUGGGGCCCAUAGCUUCAUUUCUAAACUCCCCCAGGGCUAUAACACAGAGGUAGGUGAGGCCGGCAGCCAGCUAUCAGGGGGCCAGCGACAGGCAGUGGCCUUGGCUCGAGCACUGAUCCGGAAACCACGUGUGCUCAUCCUGGAUGAUGCUACCAGUGCCUUAGAUGCAAACAGCCAGUUACAGGUGGAGCAGCUCCUGUAUGAAAGCCCAGAACGGUGUUCUCGCUCGGUGCUGCUCAUCACCCAGCGCCUCAGUUCUGUGGAGCAGGCAGAUCACAUCCUCUUUCUGGAAGGAGGCACCAUCUGCGAGGAGGGAACACACCAGCAGCUCAUGGAGAAUGAGGGGCGCUACUGGGCCAUGGUGCAGGCUCCUAGUGGGUCAGACACUCCAGAGUGAAAGAAUUCUCAGGCCCUUUCUAUAUGGAAGAAGUUGGAAAUAAGGAUCUCACCAGAGCUUCACAGUAGGCAGCUGCUUCUUGGAGUUGCACCCUAAAAUGUGAUGCCUAGGUUAUACCUGAAAUCCUGCCAUGAAUGUUUUCCUCUUUCGAAGAUCCUCCUGAUAAUGCUGUUUUUAUGGGAAAAAAAAAAAAAAAGAAAGAAAAGGUUUAUAACUCCUUGCUGUAACUAAGUUUAAAGUCAGGGUUGGAAGGCAGGCAAAAUAGCUCACCUGGAUAUUGCUGUGCUUGCCAUGUGCAUGACCGAGAUAUGAACAUUGAAAGAAACUUUUGUGCUGUGGUUUUGCACUGUCUUUCUGCCUCUGUCUCUGUAAAAAAAAAAAAAAAAGAAGAAGAAGAAGCCAAACAAACAAACAAAAGCAGCAGGAUUGGUGUAUGUGUAUCACACUGGAAAUGAGACCAUAUAUUUCAAAUAAACAGGGAGGGAAGGCUCUUAUUACUCCCCUCUGUGACCAAAGGCAGGCACACACAAGCCCUGUGGACUCAUAAUAUUUAUAAUAAAUUGGUGUUUUGUAUUGUG